AUGGCUGGAAAUUCGUUUGCAAAUAUAAAUGAGGAACUCGCUUAUUAUAAAAGCCGAGUUUCAGAAUUGGAGGAAACUUUAAAUCAAACUCAGGCUGAACUUGACGAAGUUCAAACUUCUGCCCGAGAUUUCGAAGAAGAACUUAUGAGAGAACUUGAACAAUCUGAAAAAAUACACCAAGAGUUGAGAAGUAAAAAUGAAUGCUUAAAAAAUGAAGUUGAUGAAUGGAAGCAAAAAUUUUAUCAAGCUAAAUCCGAAUGUAACGUUACGGCCACUCAAUUGCAAAGAGAGAUUGAUACGUUACAAUCUUUGAAAGAUACAUUUAUUAUUAAGACAAGGGAGUUGGAGCUUGACAACGAUGAUCUUGAACGAACGGAAAGAGCUGCAAAGAGCUCAUUGCAGGAUCUUGAAAACAAGUACAACAAAGCUAUCGAACGGAAUGCAAUCCUUGAAAACGAACUUGAAGGCAAAAAUCUAUUAAUCGUACAAGUACAAAGAUUGAAAGAUGAAUUGAGAGAUGUGAAUAUAGAAUUAGCUAUAAUGAAAAAUAAGGAAGACGGUGAAUAUGGUCCACCACCAACGUCUACUGCUGCUGCUGCACGAAUGUCUGCCAAAUACUCACUUUCUACAUUAGGAAAGACCGAUGCAUCAUUGGAUCCAAAUUCGAAUCCCGUCAAGAUGGUACAAGAGAUGAGUCUCGAAGCCCGUCUUGUUUCAUGCCGCUCUCUUGUUACUCCACUUCUCGCUCCCCCACCUUCAUAUUCAUCUUAUUCUACAACAAUGCCUUUACCUACUACACCGCCGCAAUCACCGAAAUUUUCUCGAGGUCAAUCACCCAUUCGUAGUGCAACAAAACAUCGACGUUCAUCUAUUCAAAAAUCGAAAAUUCAAAUCCCUUCAGUUCCACUAAGUGUUGCG